AUGAAUUCAUCCUAAUAUGGAGCAUUCGGUAUGAGUGGUAAUAAUUUCAAUUAAGGAAAACCACCUGUCAAUAAUUACAAUUUCGAAAAUGUUAGAGCAUAAUAACCCGCACCUGGUGGACCAUAGCCUUCUAGAGGAAAACCUCUUGGAACAGCAGCUAGACAACCUCAAGCAGAAGCUAGACCUAUGACCUCCAAUAGAGGAGCUAAUUUUGGUUAGAAGAAGGACCCAUUCAAUUCCACCCAAAAUCAAUUAAAUUUGAAUAAACCAAAACUUGAAACUAAUCCUGAAGAAUAAUUUAAAUCAAUAGAAAAAGAAAUUAAUAAUCUCAUAGAACAGAGUGCAAUGGCUAAAUUGAGGGGAAACUUAUCUGAAUGUUUAGAAAAAGCAAAAGAAGCAUUCAAUAAGGAAAAAAAGUUAAGACAAUCUAAGGAAGCAUAAAAUUUAGCUGAAUCAAUUAAUACUGAUCUCAGCUAUUGUGCUGCCCUAACAUAAGCUUGUGCCUUACAUGCAAAUGGAUUACAUUAGGAUGCUCUAACCAAAUAUCAAGAAAUUAUAAAAUGUAAAUAAUACCCUCAAGCAGGAAGAUUAAGAGUUAAUAUGGGCAACAUCUAUUUUGAAUAAAAAAAGUAUCUUACUGCAAUAAAAAUGUAUAAGAUGGCAUUAGACUUAAUACCUGCUACUUCUAAAGAGAUGAGAUUCAAAAUAUAAAAAAAUAUAGGUCAUGCUUAAGUAAGAAUUGGCAAAGAGAAAAUUAAGGAAGCCAUCACAACGUAUGAAUAAAUUCUUAAGAAUUCUCCUGACUUCCCAACAGGCUUUAAUCUGAUGAUUUGUUUAUAUCUAAGUGGAAAUAAGAAUAAAAUGAAGGAUUACUUUGUCACAUUACUCACAAUUGAAAUACCAGGAGAGAAUGAGGAAGAGAAUAAUGAAAAUAAGGGCACAACUAUAACAGAUAAAUUAAGAGAAGAUACUAAGGAAAGAAGAAGGGAAGCCAUUUAUUAUAUAGUCACCGCAGCAAAAUUAAUUGCUCCAUUGAUUGAGGAUGAUAUCAUUAUUGGAUACGAAUGGAUUUUAGAGUAGUUAAAGAAUUCAACAUUCCCAGAAGCUGAAACUGAAAUUGAAAUUUGUAAAGCUAUGGCAUUUUUGAAAAAGAAGAACAUAGAAAAAUCUAUUGAAACUCUGAAAGGAUUCGAAAAAAAAGAUAAACAAAUUAUGGCUAGAAUAGCAACGAAUAUUUCAUUUUUGUAUUUCUUAGAAAAUGAUUACAAACAAGCUGAGAAAUAUGCAGAAAUUGCCAUCACUUAUGAUAGAUACAAUGCCAAAGCUCUAGUCAAUAGAGGUAAUUGUCUGUAUGUUAAAAAUGAAUUCUUAAGAGCCAAAGAAUAAUACUUAGAAGCGAUUGGUGUAGAGGCUGAUUGUAUUGAAGCACUCUACAAUUUAGCAUAUGUCAAUAGAAAAUUGAAUAUGUUUGUGGAAUCACUAUAAGCAUUAGAUAAACUAUAAACUAUUGUUUGCAUUCCUGAAGUUCUGUAUCAGAUGGCUACAUUAUAUGAAAUGACAGGCAAUUCGAAAUAAGCUAUGAAAUGGUAUUUGGAAGUAAUGAAUAAAGUACCUAAUGAUCCCAAUAUCUUGGCUAGACUGGGGUCGUUAUUUGCAAGAGAAGAUGACGAACCCUAAGCUUUGCAUUAUUUCUAAGAAUCUUAUAGAAUCUUACCCACUAACAUAGAAACUAUCUCAUGGUUGGGAGUGUAUUAUGUGAAAUAGGAAAUGUAUGAAAAGGCUAGUUUAUACUUUGAGAGAGCUGCUUAAGUGUAGUCAAGAGAUGUAAAAUGGAAAUUGAUGGUUGCAAGUUGUUAUCGAAGAAUGGGGCAUUUCUAAAAGGCCUUGGGAAAUUACCAAAAAAUAUACUCAGAUUAUCCUGAUAAUAUUGAAUGUCUCAGAUUUUUAGUUUAAUUAUGUCGAGAAAUGGGAUUACCAUAUGAAGAAUAUGCUGGAUAAUUGAGAAAGUUAGAGAGGGAAAUGGAAAUGAUGGAUGGAUAUCAAGGUCAAGAUAUCAAUUUAAUCAAUAAUGAAGAUGAAUAGGUUAGAUUGCCUUAAGGAGAUGACAAUCCUGUUAGUUUUACUAAUAAUACUAGACGUGGGAAUAAACAACCACCUCCUAAAACGAAUGUUAGACAAAAUAUUGAUGAUGAGUAAUUCUAGGAUGGGGUAGAAGAUAACUUUUUACCUUGA